AUGACCGUCCCAGACUCCUCAGAGACCACGCAGACGGACGGAGAAGGCCCGGACGGUUCUGACAAACCCCCGCAUGAGGGCAUAUCCCACACAACUCAACCACCAUCAGCAACGCAACGGCCACAGCACAAACUGCAGCCACAGCACAUCAACAAUAAGACCACCGUGCCCAAAGCAGGCGUCACAUUACCACCAGCAGCCCCUACCUCAAAACCCAACGUCCACACCCACUUCGCUCCACAAACCAUGAACCACAUCCACCACGUCCCACUGCCUCCGCCAGAAAGCGGCUCGCUCGAGAAGCAGCCGGGGUACACCCGACCGGCUCUCGAAAAGCUGACGCUCAAGCAACAGCAGGGGUCGACCCGCGCGAGCGAGAGCUCCCAACCGGCGUCAUCAGCAUCUUCUCCCACACUCUCAGAGCGCGACAGCUGGAGUCUUCCUUCGACAAGACCCCCCAGUCAGGCCCCCAGCAGAGCCCCAAGCAUGUCCGCAGGUGUCUCCGGGGGAAAGCUCGCCCCACCGCCGACCGCCGCCGCCCGAAGCACCUCGGCGGGCAAGAAUUCUGCCCCACCCACCCCAGAUCCGAAUAUCACGCCAUCGAAAACCGGGCGAGCAUCGUCGGUACACUCAAACGACGGCGAUAAGUACCGGUUUAACCUCAAGGAUCUUCUCGCAUCAACUCCGAAGCUCACGCGGAAAUCGUCGCAGAGGUCAACGGGGAGCAGUAAAAAGAGCGAUUCGGAUGGCGGAGCCAAGUCUGUUGCGGGGGAGAGCAAUGUCAGUUUGACGAAGAAGUAUGGAGUGUGCCAGAAGGUCGCCAUCGGAAAGGGUGCGACGUCUGUCGUCCGCCUCGCGCACAAGUGGGAUCGGGCUGAGGAGAAGCUGUACGCAGUCAAAGAGUUCCGCAAGAGAAGAAAGAACGAAACAGAAAAAGAAUAUGUCAAGAAGCUCACCGCCGAAUUCUGCAUCUCCUCUACCCUCCACCACACCAACAUCGUCGAGACCGUCGAUCUCGUGCAAGAUGAGAACCAGCAUUGGUGCGAGGUGAUGGAGUUUUGUCCAGGAGGCGAUCUGUACGCUGCGAUCAAGAAAGGGGGGAUGUCACCCAGCGAAGUCGAGUGCUGUUUUAAGCAGAUACUCAGCGGCGUGUCCUACCUCCAUAGCCAGGGCGUGGCUCAUCGGGAUAUAAAACCGGAGAACCUGUUCUUCGAUACGAAGGGGCAUCUCAAGAUCGGUGAUUACGGUGCAUCGACCGUGUACCGCCUCCCCUGGGAAUCGACCAUCCACAUGUCAACCGGUCUCUGCGGGAGCGAGCCUUACAUCGCCCCAGAGCAGUUCCUAGGCAAACCGUACGACGCCCGGCUGGUAGACAUCUGGGCCUGCGGCAUUGUCUAUUAUUGCCUGCACUUCCAAGAGCUGCCGUGGCGCGCUGCGCAGAUGUCGGAUCAGCUCUACGCCGCGUAUGCCGGCGCGUGCUCGUCAUCGCAGCCCGCGCAGGCGGCGUGUCCCCCGACGAUCAAUAAUCUGUCCCCGAGAGCGUGCCGGCCGUUAAUAAGGAGCAUGCUCGAGCCGGACCCGAAACGGAGGGCGCCGAUUGAGGAAGUGCUGAAGAACGAGUGGAUACAGGGGAUUGAGGUCUGUCAUGAGGUGCAAAAGCCGAGCCAUGUACAUGUCCAUGCCCAGGCGCUGGCUCAGGCCCAGCUCAACUAA